AUGGCGAGCCGCAACAACUCAGUCGUUGCACCGCUUCCGGACUCUGUGGUUAAGAAGCAUGGUGUCAAGACCAUCGAAAGCAACAACGCAGUAACUGGCGCUCAAAAUCUUACUCUUAAGCAAUCGAUUCUGCCUGUCUGUCUCGUCACCAUCCUGUUCUUCCUGUGGGGCUUCGCCUAUGGACUUCUCGAUGUCCUGAACGCUCACUUCCAAACUGCUCUCAACAUCACCAAGGGCCAGAGUGGUGGUCUCCAGGCUGCUUACUUCGGUGCUUAUGCUAUCGGACCUCUGACUUACUCUGGUUGGAUUGUGAGACGCUUCGGUUACAGAUGGGCUUUCAUUACUGGUCUCUGUAUCUACGGUGUUGGUGCUCUUAUGUUCUGGCCAUCUGGUCUCAAGCGUUCUUUUGGCGGAUUCUGUGGAAGCAUGUUUAUCGUUGGAUCUGGUCUAUCAACUCUCGAGACUGCUGCCAAUCCAUUUAUUGCUACCUGCGGUCCUGCAAAGUACUCUGAAUUGCGUCUGACCCUGGCACAGGCCUUCCAGGCUGUAGGAACUGUUGUCGCCCCUAUCCUGGCCAGUCAAGUGAUCUUCAAGAACGUCGACGACACCUCCCUUCAGUCAGUACAAUGGGUCUAUUUAGGAAUUAGUAUCUUCGUUUUCAUCCUUGCCGUCGUUUUCUUCUUCGCUCCAAUCCCUGAGGUUACCGAUGCCGAUAUGGCUGCUCAGGCAGAAUCCAGUGGUGCCCAAACCGCUUACGAAGACAAACCCUUGUCUAAGCAGUACACGCUCUUCUUCGGCGUGGCCGCACAGUUCUGCUACGUCGGUGCACAAUGUGCAUACGCAGGGUAUUUCAUCAACUACGUCUCUGCUGUCCGUCCUGGAACGACUCAUGCUACUGGUGCCAACCUUCUUGCCGUUGCUCAAGGUUGUUUCGCCAUUGGUCGUUUCGUCGCGAGUGGUUUGCUCAAAAUCACUAAGCCUCGUUUUGUCAUAAUGGGAUUCCUUUCUGGUGUGGUCCUCUUCGCAUGCUUGACUAUGGGACUCAAGGGCAACGCUGGUAUCGCAUCCAUCUCGCUCGUGCUCUUCUUCGAGUCUUGUGUCUUCCCUCUCAUCUUCGCGCUGUCAAUCAGAGGUCUUGGUCGUCACUCAAAGCGUGGAGCCAGUUUCAUCGUUGCUGCGGUCUCGGGUGGUGCUCUGUUCCCUCCUGUUCUUGGUACUGUUGCCGACCACAUCGGUACUCAGAAGGCAUUCUUCAUUCCUUUGAUUGGCUUCGUCAUCGCAUGGUGCUUCCCUCUCUACCUUAACUUGUUCAAGGCAAAAAGUUUGGAUGGCUGGACCGAGGAGAAGGCUCCUGUUGUCGCCGAAAAAGAUAUUGAGAGCAUACAUGACGAAGACGACGAGAAGAAGGGCGCUGCUAUUGAGCACCAGGAAAUCAGAGCUUAG